GACGAUGUGGUCAACACGAGCAUUACAUACAUACAACAUAGAUACCACGGGGAAACCAAAAUUACCACCCUGGACAAGAACUGGACUUCACUUCCAUCAUCAACUCUGAACAUUCACCUUCACCAACCCCCAACUGACGCCCUGCCGCUGCACCUGCCCCUCUCCCUGUCUCUUCCCCCUUUUCCUCCCGACUACCGCCAUUAUAUUAUCUCCCUCCCUCCGAUCACUCCCCCUCAAUUGACUCAUCUCCUCGCUUCUCCUUCCAUUCGAUCCAUCCGUUCUCAAAGCGGGGCUGUUCCCUUUACACUGAUUCCUUCAUUGCUUUCCCCCCUCAUGGCUACCAACGGUUCUUCCGAGGGCGAGUCCCGUCUGUUGAUCGUGUCGAAUCGUCUGCCCAUCACCAUUCGACGUUCCGGGGGUGGAAAAUAUGAGUUUUCCAUGUCCUCGGGCGGCUUGGUGACUGGACUGAGCGGACUAUCAAAGACCACCACCUUCCAGUGGUAUGGUUGGCCCGGACUGGAAGUGCCCGAGGAUGAGAUCGACGGUGUCAAACAGCGCCUGCAGGACGAGUUCAACGCGACCCCGGUGUUUAUGGAUGACAAGUUGGCCGAUCGUCAUUACAAUGGUUUCUCAAGUAUGUAUCGUCACUCUUCACCCCUCCGGCCUGCAGCGGAUGUGCAUCCGCAUCUAUCACCUGUGGAUGCCACCUGGCAGGGCCCGACAGACUCGAUUUUGUGGCCACUCCUGCACUACCAUCCCGGUGAGAUCGUGUUCGACGAAGCCGCCUGGGAUGCUUAUCGGGAGGCCAACCGGCUGUUCGCUAAGACCAUCGCCCAUGAGGCCCGGGACGGGGACUUGAUCUGGGUCCACGAUUACCACCUCAUGCUUCUUCCGGAAAAUCUCCGUGAGGAACUGAGUGCGUUGGGCAAGAACAACAUCCGCAUCGGGUUCUUCUUGCAUACGCCCUUCCCGAGCAGUGAGAUCUAUAGGAUCCUGCCGGUGCGGAGUCAGCUGCUGCGUGGCGUGCUGCAAUGUGACUUGAUUGGAUUUCAUACCUAUGACUAUGCACGUCAUUUCCUGAGCUGUUGCUCGCAUAUUCUUGGAUUGGUCACAACCCCGAGCAGUGUGAAGUUCAAGGACCGUUCUGUCGCUGUUGGAGCUUUUCCCAUCGGCAUCGACCCGGACAAGUUCACUGAAGGUUUGAAGAGCCCCAAGGUGCAGAACCGCAUCGCAAGUCUGGAGAACAAGUUCCAGGGAACCAAGUUGAUGGUCAGCGUGGAUCGCCUUGACUACAUCAAGGGUAUUCCCCAGAAGCUACAUGCUUUGGAGGUCUUCCUGUCCCAGCAUCCCGAAUGGGUAGGCAAGGUUGUGCUGGUGCAGGUAGCUGUUCCCAGCCGUCAGGAUGUGGAAGAGUAUCAGAACCUGAGGGCUGUGGUAAACGAGCUGGUCGGCAGAAUCAACGGCAAAUUCGGCACGGUCGACUACAUGCCCAUCCACUUCAUGCACAAAUCGGUGAGCUUCGAUGAGCUCAUUGCGCUGUAUGCUGCGUCGGACGCGUGUGUGGUGUCGUCGACUCGAGACGGGAUGAACCUUGUGUCGUUUGAAUACGUUGCCACCCAGCAGAAACGCAAGGGGGUUCUAAUUCUGUCCGAAUUUGCGGGAGCGGCGCAGAGUCUCAACGGCAGUAUCGUGGUGAAUCCUUGGAACACGGAAGAGCUUGCCAGCGCAUACCACGAGGCCGUGUCGAUGGAUGACGAUCUCCGGGCGCAAAAAUUCGAAAAGCUGUACAAGUACAUCUCCAAGUAUACGAGUGCUUUCUGGGGCAAAUCAUUUGUUGCUGAACUGUCCAAGUGUUCCUGA